AUGGCAAGUUCCAUUCUCAUUUCCACCAGCGCGGAUCUCAAGAUAUUUCUCUCUUCCAUCAGACCUGGCAGCACGAUCUAUCUGGACUUGGAGGGCAAGAAUCUCAGCCGCGAUGGAACUCUGACUCUCGCCACCAUGCUCAUUCAACCGCAGAAUGACACGCGAGUGGUUGACGUGUUGAGCCUCGGGAAGUCCGCGUUUGAUGUCGAGUCCGACGAGGGAACGAGCCUGAAGUCCAUCCUCGAAGACCCUGACAUCCCAAAGGGCGUUUGGGAUGUGAGAAACGACGCUGACGCACUGUGGUCCCACUUCCAGGUGAAGCUGGCCGGCGUGACGGACAUCCAGUCCUUGAGAACGCCUCCCGCCCACCCGGGGUAG